CCACAUUCGCUACACUGGCUUUGUCCGCCGACUGAACCACCAGGAACUUUGUCACCUAACCUCACAGAGCACAGAGCAGCGAAAAUGGCUCAACUCACACAGAUGACCAACGAUCAGCUCCAUGCGCUGAUCGAAGCGGUAAGGGCGGCCGCCGUGGGUGCCGCCGGAAGUGCAGCCGCAGCAGCAGCCGAAGGAGCAGACGCCACCAAAGGCAAGGGCAGCUUCUCGACGUGCACACACAGCUUCGGGGGAACCCGCGAUCACGACGUGGUCGAGGAGUUCCUCGCCAACAUCACGCUGUACAAGGAGCUGGAGGGGAUCAGCGACGAGAACGCCCUGAAGGGCAUCUCACUGCUGUUCUACGGAAUGGCCAGCACCUGGUGGCAGGGCGUUCGUAGGGAGGCCGCCACGUGGAAGGACGCCAUCGACCUCAUCCGCGACCACUUCUCACCCACCAAGCCCGCCUACCAGGUCUACAUGGAGUUCUUCCAAAACAAGCAGGACGACCAGGUACCCAUUGACACCUUCGUGAUCCAGAAGCGAGCGCUGCUGGCCCAGCUGCCCAGCGGUCGCCACGACGAGGACACGGAACUGGAUCUCCUGUUCGGCCUGCUGAACAUCAAGUACCGCAAGCACAUCACCCGCCAGAGUAUCCAUACCUUCAAGGAUCUGCUGGAACAGGGCCGCAUCAUCGAGCACAACAACCAGGAGGACGAAGAAGUCGUCGCCGCAUCAAGGAACACCCGUGGCUCCAAGCGCACCACCCGCUGCACCUACUGCAGCUUCCGGGGCCACACCUUCGACAACUGCCGCAAGCGCCAGAAGGAUCGGCACGAGGAGCAACAGGAGGAGUAGGCGACAAGAACACCCCCACAUACCAAGAGGCGGCACCGUCACUAAUGACCUCAUCGCUGGUGCCGCCCAUCAAUACAGAACUUUUCGUAGCCUCGCCGGCCGAUCGGCGCCAGAGAGAGCCCAACAACCGGAGAGGAAUAGAUGUGGAGCAGCCGCAUCAGAUGCAGCGACAUCAUCAGCAGCAGCAGCAACAUCAGCAGCAGCCACAUCUCACACUCUUCACACUCACUGGCAAACGGCGUGCCGGCAAGCCUCGACUAGCAUCUGAAACCCACAAAUUCACGCUGUUUGUAUUGCUCUUCGCAAUGCCUCGAAAACGGCUCUAUUUUCAUAAUAUUUCACGCCGACUUGCGGCUAUUUUGGCACGGAACGCCAGCAUUUGGAAAGUAAUUGAAUUCAAUUGCUUUGAAUAUUGAACAAUCAUUUGCAACUUUGAACUAGAAUUCGAGAAUCAUCGGGCGGAGCGGCUGAGGAUCAGGCAUUUCGUCCGUAAGAUCGGUUAUUCGCAAUGGAGGAACGUGAAAUUCGAACCGGAUGGCGGGUGAAGUGCCUCGGCAUGGAGCCCCCAUUUGCUUCGAAUCUAAUGUUCUGACAUUGCGAGUCCGAAGUGGAUGUUGCUUGAUCUCCAGCCGCCCCGCACAACCGUUGAUUCUCACAACCGCCGGCUCCACUUUGUGCCGGUCAGCGGAGGAGAAGCGAUUAGUUGGCUGCCAAGAGAGAUGAUCGCUGUGUUGAGAGACAUGGCAAUCAUCGCUUUUGCAUCCAUUUUUUGUUGAUCUUUCGCCUGAUCCUGGUCCUUUGUCAAGCUGGCAAAAACCCCCCGUCCGGUGAACGCCCACUUAGAUCCUUUUGCCGAGGAAUUUCGACGGCCCCGAAGGCGGGCGCCUCCCGUUUCCGGUGGCGGCUUCGGCUGCUUCCGGUUUCCGGUGUCGCAACCCUUCGCGAUGUCCCCCGUGCGAGUGGAGCUACAGUGGGCGUGAACCGGGCAAAACCAAAAUUUCUUCGGAAAUUUAAAAAACCAACCAAUUUUUUGACUUUUGUCAAAACGAAUCGGCCACAUAGCACUACGAUGGCUAGCGAUUCGCUAUCCGUGCGGUUGGCACGCCAAAUUGUCUCUUCGAGAUCACGGGCUUAGGGCUGUUUAACAUUCGACCCCAGCGAUUUCGCGACAGUCUUCGGCACGCCAGUAUCUAACACAAACACACAAAAGCCAGGGGCUGGGACACGUCACUGCCGGACUCCUCCAGCCGGCACAGACACUCCCCGCCCCCACACCAUGCAAAACCUGCACUUGUGCAGAUGACAUAGGCGCGACCAGCCAUCCGACCCGGAACCACUCCGGACCAUGGUGACCAGACUUGCACCGUGCGCCAUCAACUGGAGUCUUGGCCACAAGCACAGCAAGAGUUUGGCCCGCUGUCCCCACACAGAAACCAAGAGUGGGGGCCUAUGGAAGACCGCAAGUGGCUGCGUGGAACUACAAAACAAAGAAGAAUCUAGAAGACUGAAACCAGAAAACUAAUAAACCACGAAACCC